AUGAAACUCAUUUCACUUUGCCAUAACCAGUGCAGUUCGGCUUCCUCGUUGCUCUUAUUUAAGAAGAUAAAUAGCCAAUUUAUAGAUGCUUCAAAAUCCAGGUCUUCAACCUCUUCUUCACCUUCUUCCUCACUUAGAAUGAUCUGUAAUUACGGUGGCGGCGGCGGCGGCGGCGAAAAUAGCGAUUAUUCCGGAUGCGAUUUUGAACCCUUCACUGCUUCUUGGGCGUACGCCGUGCUCGGGCUUGAUCCUCAGUGCUCGUCGGCCCAACUCAAAGCAGCUUUUCGAUCUAAAGUGAAGCAGUGUCAUCCUGAUGUAACAAGAGGCGAACAAAGUUCGGAUACAAUGAUUCGGCAUGUGAUUCAAGCCUAUGAGGAACCCGAUAACUUUUUUGGUGAGUUUGUAUUGGAGGAGGUGGAGAGAGAAUUUAUGAAUCCAUUUGACCAGCCAGAAUGCGAAGCAUGUGAUAUCUUCGUCAAUGGGAGUCUUUGCAUUGGUCAAAGUACCGACUCUUUACAUUCCAAGCCAUGUUGUCCAUAUUCAUGUGUUAGAACAGCACCUCAUGCAUUUAAAUUUUCUUCAGAAACAGGGAGAGCUUGUGCUGCUUCUCAAGUUCACCUUGCAGUCGGCCAGUGUCCAAGAAGCUGUAUUCAUUAUGUUACACCAUCACAGAGAAUUAUUCUGGAGGAGCUUCUAGACAGCAUCGUGAACGUGCCAUAUGAUACUUCAGCUGAGGCCGAGUUGUUGUACGGUCUUAUUGUCAAAGCCAAAUAUGAGAAUAACCGUUACCAAGUUCCUAAAGAAAAAGCCAAGGCCUCAAACGAGCAUGUCGAUUGGUUAUAAUUGUAGCUAGAUCGUUAAAAUGAAUCCAAACAUUCGCUAGAAGUAGUGUAGAGGCUUAUCAAUCACGACGUUGUAUUAUAGAUGCGGCUAUGCAGAUGUUAUCCUACAUUAUGGAAAUGGAUCCCUUGUAGUAGUUCAUGGUGGAGUGUCAUGUACAAGUUUUAGGUAUAUGUGCGUGUAUAUAGAUCAUGAAUCCGUCUUUCUCUCUCCACCAAACGUAUAUGAAAGCUACAUACAUGAAGAGGAUUCCGUUUGUCACUUUCCACACGGUAGUCGCUUUCCACAUGAAGUGUUAGAGUAACAAGUCGUAUGUUCUAGCAGACAAACAUUUUAUCUUCAUCUCUUAUAUAUUCCAUUCCUGGUUUCAGUUAAUCAAUUUAAUGCAAUCUAAUGCUGACAUAGCCGUUUGGUGGUAAAAUUGUUGUUUUUGGGUGGAAAUUUUUUACUGAUAUUUGUUUGUUGUGCCUUAAAGAACAAGACAGGA